CCGCAUAGCUUUUUUUAAACCAAAAGAUCUCCCACAGGGGCUGCUUCAGUACAGAAUGUUUUUGAUCUUCAGUACAGCUAAAAGGUCUUGACAGGGUGGCAGAUUUCCCCAUCUUCAGAGACAAAUCAGGACUAGAAAAUGCCCUAGUCUGCCUGUAAACGAAAGCUUAUUUGGCUUUCAGAAAUACCACCUUUGGAGGAAGCAUCAUCUUUCCAGAACUAUGUGGAGCUGGGCAGCUGUUUGUUGCAGAAAAUGAGAUCUCUCAUCUGUAAGAGUAUAAGAACACAAAGAACUUCACACCUAACUUCAAAAGGAACUUAGCAAAAUUCAAAUCCUUGGUAUAAAGAAGAUGUCUUUCACUCUGCAUUUAUAUUGUUCCAAUGAGAAGGCUCUCUGCAAUUUUCAGAUAAAAAUCCUGUGCCUUUUUUCACCUUUUUAAUUAAAAAUCUGUGUAUCAUUCUUUCAAAACAAAAAAAUAUAUAUACACAACCAGAAAUAUAAUUCACUUGCUGGAAACAUGGACUUAAGUUUCCUGAAGGAACUGGAAAGGGAGAAGGUUCUGGAAGUGCUCCAGAGAGAUAAGAUUCUCCGUGCAUUGGAAGAAGAGAGGAUCAGAAAACUGAAGUCGGAACUUCAGGAGCUACGCCGAAAGGGUGCAAAGAGCUUCUCCCAGCAUUACAGCGAGAAGAGCUGCGCCCGCUGUCAGAGGCCCCUGGGGAAGCUGUGGAACUGCGGGGCCGUAUGCAAAGGAUGCAGCCACCGCAUCUGCAGCAAAUGUCGCAUCGCCAUCACUGCCAGAGUCUGGAAAUGCACAGUCUGCUACGCGUACAGAGAAGUUAAAAUAAGAUCUGGCGAAUGGUUCUUGGAAGAAAGAGCAAAGAAAUUUCCCAUCGAAGCAGACAAACAGGAGACGGUUGGCGAAAAGCUAUUAAAGUCCUAUCAGAGAUUAAGUAAUAUAUCCAUUGUCCCUCCUACUCCACCACCAUUUCUGGAAGACACAUCCAUUUACUUGAGCAAACCUGGAGGACUUCAGAAUUCAAAAGGAUUUACUAGAUCAGUAGAAAACCUCUUCCUAUCACUCACCACGCACAUGAAAAAACUCUCCAAAUCUCAGAAUGACGUGACAGUGGACCGCUCCCUCCUGACCGCGGACUAUGGGGAGAGCCCCAGGAAGGAGCGCAGGAGUUUGUCCGACCCAGCCAUCAACAAGCCAGCACCGUUGACGAAAGUUCCCAGCCUUCCCAUCCUGUCAAAGAAGACCGACAAUAAGGAAGAUUUAAAGUCAAAUGUAAAUGAAGGCAGACCUACAAGCCAUCUCUACUCGGAAGGAAAGAAACGGGAAAGUAUAUGCAGUAUCAGCAGCACUUGCACGGAACUUGGAAACUUCGACAAAGCCAGUGUAACGGGCGAGAUUGAGCUGUCCAUUGCGUAUAAUUUCAAACUCUCCUGUUUAGAAAUCUCCGUUAGAGCAUGUAAAAACCUGGCCUAUGGCGAUACAAAGAGGAAAAGGUGCAAUCCGUAUGUCAAGAUCUACCUUCUUCCAGACAAGUCUCCUCACAGUAAAUUGAAGACGGCAGUGAAGAAGAACACAGUGGACCCAGUUUUUAAUGAGACUUUUAGAUACAACAUAGAGCGUUCCCAACUGGAAACAAGAACUCUACAGGCUUCCCUCUGGCACUCUGGAACACUGAAGCGCAAAGUAUUCCUGGGAGAGGUCCUCAUCUCUCUGGAUUGCUGGAAAUUCGAGGACAACUCCACUCAAUCCCACAUCUGGUACCAGCUCAGUUCCAAGCCUGACAGGUAUGAAGAAUGUGUUCCAGAGCAAUACAACGGAGAACUCAUGAUAAAAGUCAAGUUCAGUUCACUGCCACAAGGCUCUGGCAUACACUUUGGAAAGGAAGAAAACCAAAUUCAGAUGACCGAUCUCGGUCAGCUGAGCGUUCUUAUAAUUGGAGCCAAAAACCUCCCUUCCUUGAGGCCAGAUGGGACAGUCAACUCAUUUGUCAAAGGGUGUCUCAUUCUGCCGGGAGGAAGAGAGAUAAAACAGAAAACCCCUUUAUCGAAGAGGAAGGCCUGCCCCCAGUGGAAUCACCCAAUGGUAUUCAGUGGUAUUUACCAGGCUGAGGUCAUGGACUCCAGCCUGGAGCUCUCUGUCUGGGAUAGUGCUCCGUUUGGCCGCCCUGAUCGUUUCCUGGGGGGAGUCCGAUUAGAGAAAGCAGAUACUGCCGGCAUGUCUUUUUCUUCUGGGCUGCCUUGGCAACAGUUACUGAGGAGACCCAACACUUGGCAUGACUUCACCUUGAUCAUUCAGCCUAAUGCGAACAUGACAAAGAUGUAAUUCAUUUUUCCACCAGCCUUUUCCCUCCCAAGGACAGUCACCCAAGCUUGCAUUUUGGACUCCAUAUGCAAAGUAUUGGCUGACCAGCACAGAAUUUAAAGAAAUAAAAUGUUUUGUAAAUUUGUCCUGAAAUGUAAUGAAAUUGAGAUAUUAUACAUCUGUAAAUUUGUACAUUCAGAAGAAUGUAUGAAUUGUGUUUCAUCAUAUAUUUUCUUUCCCAGUGUUGAAUGUAAUAUGUUGGUCAACUUGCUAUGUAACGCCCAAGAUUAUUUCAGAGUGUAUUCUGCAUUUUAGGCCAUUUUUAUUUUAUUUAAAGCGUGAAUGUUUUUAGUCUACUUCAAAAUAACUUUUCUUCCUUCAGGAAAAAAUUAAGGAAAUUCUUCAACAGAGCUCAUAAAAUAAGUUUUUGAAAGUUUGAGGAUUUGGGGAUAGUGUGUUUUCCAGUAGUGUCAACUUCUUGGAAAAAGAGAUCUAGAUCAGUUUUAAUUUGUUCUGCAUUACAAUUAUAUAACAUAACUGUAACACCACAGUAUAGAACAUUUCUUAUGAGUAUGAAUACUUCUGGACAAAAUAACUGAUCCUAUAUAGAGAGAAAGGAAAAUACUUGGCCAAAUACGCCUCUAUUUUCAAACAAUUCUGAUUGGAAUUUAAGGGUUCACAGUUUUGUUGAGUCGUAUCAGCCUUUUAACGAGGAAUCGGAUGGAAAACUCACAUUGUCUUCUCCUUUGACUCUGGCUUUUGUUUGACAGCAUUUCCUUCAACCCAUGGUUGUAUUAAUAAAUCAAGUUUAAGGAUG